UAAAGCAAUCGCAAAGUACGGCUGUGUUGUUUUUUUUUUUCACAAGGGCGGAUAUAAGGCUGGCUUUAAUUUUAUUAGAAAGCAACAAUAAGUCACUGCGUGCAUCGCUGCCGACAGAAUAAUUUACCGGCGUCUCAUGUUUGUUCUUUUUCGAGUUACCCGGAAGAUGAAGACGCUGUUGAGGAAGCUAACGUGGAAGCAUCAACCCGGAAGACCGACCAUGCUCUCCUAUUUGUGGGUGUCGAUAAUCAGCAUUUUACUACCGCUGUCGCACACGGCAGCCGCCCGUGUUCGUCCGGUCGCCUGCGUAACCGCCACCCGUGCGCUGCCCAACGACACCUGCCAGUCGCUAGCCGACCGCCACGGAGCGCGCGUCGACGAGUUGACGGCGCUAAACCCCCACCUCAACUGCAGCCACCUACCAGCCGGCAGCUGCGUGUGUCUGGCCGACUGUAUGGUGUGCGGCGUGUCCGUGUACGAUAUGGAUACCUGCCAACGCCCUGCGCCUCGUCCCCGCCUCCCGGGGGAACCACAGAAGAUGGACAAUCGACGACGGACCUUGCAACAUUGAUUACCUGAGAGUUUUACUCAAUAUCGAACUUGUACAAUUACGUGAG